GUAAAUAUAAAUUUAAUACAUUUUCAUUUGAUUUAAAAGUUAUGCCAAAGCAACUAAACAUUGCAAGUAUUCACACUACGUUUGUAAAAUUCCACACCACUGAUGGACAAUAAUUAUGUACAUUGUCUCGCAUAAGAACCUACUUUUUAAAGUUUUAGGCAUAGGUAUUUUUGUGUAUUAAUUUGAUUCUCGAUUUUACGUUGCAUGGAUUCUCCUGGGCAAAUCUACUAUAAAUUCAUCGAGUUUUUCCUAAAGAAGACAACUUAAAUUAAAGGAUUUGAAAUAGAAAAAGAAAAUGGGACCGCAACAAAGCAUGCUGUUUCCACCUCCACCAAUUAUUAAUCCGUUACCUUUUCCGGGGCUUAUACCGGAUUAUCCAAACCCUAACCCUAAUCGGAAGCCCGAACCAGGAGAUCACAUCUACAGCGAAAGGAGCGGAGGUCUCUACGAUCAUCAUGGAAUUUAUGUGGGCGAUGACAUGGUCAUUCACCUCCAGGGACCUGCCAAACAAAAACAUAUUGGGUCUUCAGCUCCAUGUCAAAAAUGUGGAUACAAGCGAGACUUCAUUGGUGGAGUCAUCAAAACCUGCCUCGAUUGUUUCCUUGAUGGUCACUCACUUCACUUUUAUGAAUAUGGAGUCCCCUUUGUUGUUUUCAAUAGGAGACGACGUGGUACUUGCCACGUAGGCCAUUCCAAGCCAGCCUAUGAAGUUAUUAAGACAGCCACAGAUUUCCUGGAAGGGAACGGCUUCGGCUGCUAUGACAUGUUUGCAAACAAUUGCGAGGACUUUGCUGUGUACUGCAAAACAGGCACGGCAAUAAGUCAUCAGGUCAUGGGCCAUAUUGGAAAUCCUCUCGUAACAAUUGGUCUGGGACCUCUGGGUGUAGGCCUCACGGGAGCUUAUGGUCUUGCAAAAGUAAUUACCGAGGCCCAAAGACGCCGAUAAGAACAGAUCAAGAUCGUGGUCACUUCCAGAAAUUUACGAGGCAAAAUGUUAUAAAUAAGAAUAAGGAAUGAUACGCUGAGGCCCAAUAACUAAUGUAGGAAAUUAAGGGCAGGACUAUAGUGUUGAGAAUCACGUGUGUAUGUGCGGGUUUGAAGGUGAUAUAUAUAAUAUAUAAAUUGAGAAUCCAAAAAUUUAUUAACUUAGA